AUGAAUAGUCUACAAUCUGAUAAUGUAACAUCAAAUUAUCUUAAACAUUUUAAAUACACAAAUGAUUUUAAAGAUUUUUCAUAUUUUUAUAUUUCAUUACCUAUUUCAUUAUAUCCAGAAAAUAGUCCAGUCAUUGUGAAUGAUAUGUGUAAAUCAAGAAAAUAUAUACCGAUUACAAUAAUUGCACCUGAUGGAGAUAUAAAUGCAAAUGGAAUGAAAAGAAAACCACUAGCUGAAUUAGUGAUUCGACAAGAAACUACACGAGUAGAAGAUAACGAUUUAAUUGAUUAUCUAAAAAGAAGUGAUAAGAAAACAACACAAAAGAAAGGUGGGCAGAGAAUAAGUCAUACUCUUCCCACUGGUAUAGUUAAAGCAUAUUUACAACAAAUGAGUAAAGAAUGUUAUACACUUACUAUUGUAAUGACAUUAUUUCAUAAAGCCAUUAAACAAGAUCAAUCAAGUAUUUAUCUAUUGGAUAAUUCAAUCGGUAAUCCAGAAGAAUUAAUGAAACAUAUUAACAUCAUGUUAAGCUUAAAAACAACAGUAGAUAUUAUGAAUAGUAUGAGAACAAAAUAUGGAGGUUAUUUAAGAGAUAAACAACAUUUAGACUUAUUUUUAUCUUCAUUUAAAACAACAAGAAAUAUACUAGAAAAUCAUUUAAUCAAUAUAGGCCUACAUAAAGCAGAAGCUUAUAUGAUAAUAUACAAAGCUAUUUGUAAUGAUAAUGAUGCUAAAUAG